AUGUUAAUUAUCACAAUCAAUAACGGACAGAAACCAUAUCAGAUUUAGUAAGAACUAUUCUUUUAUCUAUUUAGUGAAAGAGAAUAAUUUGAAAAUGUGAAACUUAUAAAAAAUAAAUUAUAGAAAGAAAAAUAGAUCCUUCUGCCAGAAGUUCUUGAAUACCAUGAUUAAUUGAAAUAAUAAGUAAUGCAGCCUAUUCAAUUAUGGAGAGUAAAUAAUUCAAAUCUAAAUUAUAACUAUCUCAUCUAGAAGAUAAAAGGAUUUGUAUCAUAGAUUGAGUUAGAUUAACAAUAAUUUAUAUUCUAUAUAUUCCCAAAACUAUAGCAAUUAGAAAAAUUUCACAGCAGUCCAAAUACUUCAGAGGCUGCCAAUUGGUUAUGAGUGAGGGGUAAAAUCAAGACCUUAAUUUACUCAAAUAUAAUUUAGAUAACGCUCUCAAACAUUAAUUCUGAGGCUCUUUUGAUGUAGCGAUUUCAGAAAAUAAAUUUUUAGUAUUCUCAAAAAUAAUAUUUAUUUGUAGGU